AUGCAACCAAAUCUCGUUUUAUGUGAUUUUGGCGACGAAGAGAAAAAUAUUACUACAGACAUUAGCAUUUUUGAUAUUAAAAUUGCUACAAUCCGUCACGAUAGCGAGCUUACCAAAGGGCAGGAGAUUGGUUAUAAAGUUUUAAACUGGUUUAUUAGUGAAGUAGUUGGAUUCGACACAUCUACAAAAUUUCAAUUUGAGGUUGUAAAUGCUGAAAACCUUUGA